CAGCUGUCUCACUGAUAGCAGCAGUCUCUUUUUUUCCACUCACACAUCACUAGACUGCGAUUUCUCUCGACGCUAAGAUGUUCAGCGCUGUAAUGGACGCCCUGCAGGGUUUUGGGGUAAGCAGCACCCACUACCUGCAGACCAACUAUAAAGAUGCCCAGGGCUUGUUUCUCUGGGUCUCCUGGGCAGCUGAUCUGAGGAACACCUUCUUCAUCUUUUUCCCUCUUUGGUUCCACCUGCGGGCUUCAGUGGGGAUCAAGCUGAUCUGGGUGGCUGUGAUUGGAGACUGGCUGAAUUUAGUGUUCAAAUGGAUUCUGUUUGGAGAGAGGCCAUACUGGUGGGUCCACGAGACAGCCUACUACACAAACGCUGUUCCUCCUCACAUCGAGCAGUACCCAAUGACCUGUGAGACCGGACCAGGCAGCCCCUCUGGCCAUGCUAUGGGAGCUGCGGGAGUCUACUACACCCUGGUGACCUCGAUCCUCGCCGUCAUGACCAGCAAAAAACAAGGCAGCAAGAAAUCCACAGACAGUCAGUGGUAUCUGAAGGCUCUUCUGUGGACGCUGUUCUGUGGAGUCCAGGUGUGUGUAUGUCUCUCCAGAGUCUUCAUUGCUGCCCACUUCCCACACCAGGUCAUCGCUGGUGUUAUCACAGGUAUGAUUGUGGCUGAGGCCUUCAACAGAACUCAGUGGAUCUACAGCGCCAGCAUGAAGAAGUACUUCUACACAACCCUCUUCCUGACCUCCUUUGCUGUUGGCUUCUACGUCCUGCUCAAAGCUCUGGGUGUGGACCUGCUGUGGACCCUGGAGAAAGCCCAAAAGUGGUGCAUCAGGCCGGAGUGGGUCCACUUGGACACAACGCCCUUCGCCAGCCUCCUGCGCAACAUGGGCACCCUGUUUGGCCUGGGUCUGGGCCUGCACUCCCCCCUCUACACCGAAACCAAAAAGAGCAGCAGCCCAUUAGUGAAAGCCGGGUGCAUCAUCAGCUCACUGCUCCUGCUGCACCUGUUUGACUCCUUCAAGCCUCCCACGCACACUGCCGCCCUCUUCUACCUGCUGUCCUUCUGUAAGAGCGCCACCGUGCCACUGGUCACUGUCAGCCUCAUCCCGUACUGCGUGAACCGAUCUCUGAGCCAGGACAGCAAAAAGGGAGUGUGAGCACAUACCUCAGAUCAUAAAGACUAAUGAGAACACAUUCCUUUGGUGCUUAUUUUGUUCACAUGACCACGUGAUCCUCAGGAAAAGGUUUGAGAUCAAUGGGAAAAUGCAUUUUGUGUUAUUUGGACACUGAACCUUGAACAUUGCAUGACACUGUGUGAAAGCACUAUCCACGAUGCCCAGUGACACUUAAAGAACUAUUUUGAGUUUAGAAAAACACGAUAAUUAUGCUCAUCGCGGACAGUCACUCGAGGCUUUGAUAUAUUAUUUUAACUGUAAUAAUAAUGUAUUUUUUCAAUGUUAUAGAAAGUAUUUUUGAGAGUGUUUCUUUUUUA